GGUAGAAAUCUAUAUUAGACUUUAAAAAAAAAAAUUCCGCUCAAAACUACAUAACUCUAGUCCAUUUUUUUUAAUUACUGUUAUUACUGGAAUUUGGUCGUAGAGGUGACCCGUCCAGUAAGAUCGGUGAGCCUCCUUUGCCUGAUGUAUUGGUGCUCCAAGAUGGGGGAGGUACCUGCAAAAGAGACUCCGAUGCCAAAGUUAGGGUUUGCCUGAAUAAUGGUCUCAUAUAUAUAAUGCACGUACCAUGAGGUGAUCUAGGUUUGCCUUGAGCUUUGGGCUUGAGAUAAAAUAUAUCAUGAUAUAAUGUAACGUGAUAUAAUAUGAUAUAGUUGAAGGGUGGAUCUGGCCUGGGGCGAGAUCCUCGGAAUCAGGUGUGAUUCGCCCAAAUACCGGGCUGACGUCGCGCAACACGUGCCCGAGGCCGCCCUCUUGUAUUGCUAAUCCGGGCUCGGAGCCCGGGUGCGAAGUACGGAUAGUACACUAGCCCCCCGAGCUCCGAAGGCCGUAGGUCGAGGAGUUAAGACCAGGCUCGCUGGAGGGGAGUGGCUUUUCCCGUACGCUAUCUGAAGGUCUGCCAUGUGUGACCACUGUUUGGUUCCCGAAGACGUUCGAGUGACGCGUUAAGAGAAGUGGCGGUUAUGUGUAAUGAUGAUUUUGCAAUAAAUGUGUCGUCAAGCGUGCUCCUGGGCCGACACGUGUCGCGUCGGUUUUGAAUUUUGGGGGAAAGCUUUUUCUUUUCUUUUACUUGCGCCUCAUUGUCUUUACUCUUUGCCUUCCUUCUGACUUCUCGAGUACGCGAGUGUUUCUUGCUUUCUUGCUUCCUUUCGUCUCCCUUCUCCUUUGUUCUUCCGAUGUCGUUUCCGGUAACCCCUUUCUUGUUAGGGUUAUUUUCUGAGGAGGAGUACCAGGUAUUUCCUUUUUAUUUGUUUCUUUUCUCCUUUUCUCGGAUCCUUUCUGGGUGUUCCUCUCUCUUUUUUCUUUUUAAUGGCUGGUGGAAGUGGUGCCGAAUCUUCUGCGCCUGCCGGGGGUAAGGCGCGUGGCAAGGCGGUGGCCGCUGGAAGGGUCACUGUUGAGAAGAAAGACCCGCCGGUGCCUAGGGGCCCGGAGCCGGGCGUUCCAGGUUAUGACUGGGUUAAACGCGAGGUGGCUGAGAUUCAGAGCAUUUUUCGCUCUUUCCUGGAAGUAAAUGCGUUUCGGAGGACGAAUAGGGUUUGCGAUUCUUCCAUCUCCCAUAUGAUUCGGCUUGAGCCCUGUCAGGCCGAUGAGGGUGUGUACAUGGGGAGGUCUACUGAUCCCCCCCAUUUCUAUGUGUAUCAAUGCUUUUUCAGGGAUUUGGGUGUCUGUCUUCCCUUCACUCAGUUUGAGUGUGAUUUUUUGAAUUUUAUCAACUCGGCUCCUUUCCAGUUGCAUCCCAAUAGUUGGGAUUUUUUGAGGGCUUUUCAGGUCCUGUGUACAGUUCUGGGUAUAGAGGCGUUUCUUCGCGUCUUUCUUCAUUUUUAUCAGUUGAAGAUAGGCACUCCGCCUUACGGUAUUUUGUCUCUGAGUGGGAGUAGGGAUGGGGGUUUGUUUACUCCCUACUCCCAAUCGUAUAAAAAUUUCAAGCAGGAGUUUUUCCGGGUCGCCCUUGUGGGUGUUGACCCUUUGGAAGAUGAGGUGUUCUACUUCGGCGGUUUGCCGAGGUUUCCGUUCUAUUGGUGUCCCAAACCGUCUAGGUUUCACGGUUUGGGGGAUCUGAAGGUGACGACCGUGGAGGCGGCCGCCGUUAAGAAUCUUGUCGCGCUCCCUCGUCCGUUGGAUUGCAAGCUCGUUUUGUCGCUUGCAAAUUUGCCUUACAGAGAGAGGGGCCUAGAGAGCAUUAUGGGGAGAAACUUGUGGCGUCAGCUUAAGCACCGCUACAAUGUUACUGAACUCGAGGUUCCCGAGCCUCUGGAGGAGGAUGUCACCCCCCUGAAGAUACACCGGAAGAGGAAGAGGGGGGAGAAGGAGGUUGGGGGGAUCUCCGCCCCUCGCGAUGCCGAGGAGGUAACCUCCAGGGUUGUGGACGCGGUGGAUCUCACCGAGAGUCCUCCGGCCAAGGAGGCUUCUCCGGUGGUUAUGGGGGAGGCGGCGCAGAAUGUUGGGCCUACUGCGCGGGAUGCCGAGGGCGGGGCUGGUGUUGCCGAGGUGGAGGCCCGGAUUGCUGGGCAGGCUGUCCGAGUUGCCAAGGUGGCAGGAAAUGUCGCUGAGCCUGAGGUGCAGGCGGGAAAUGCCGCUGGGCCUGAGGUGCAGGCUGCUGGGCUGGUCGCCCAGGCUGCUGAGGCGGGGCCGGAGGUCCCUAAAGUGGACUCUUUAGGUGUUGAGCAGGGGCCUGCCCGGACUCGAUACCUAUCCCAUCGCUUUGGGAAGGGUAUAGAUAAGGUGCGGCUGGAUCACGUGAAUGCCUCCGCCGACAUGGAUUCAUUGUGGAGCGCGGGGGUGACUGCGGAGGGGUUUUUCCCUCAGGGUUCACUGAGCUCCGAGGACCGGGGAUUGAUUGACAGGGUCGGUCCCGAGGACAGCUUUGAUGCUGCCCAGGUCAUGCUACAGAGGGUGAUGGGCAUAGUGAGCCACUGGAAGCCUAAGUGGGGCCAGCAGCGAGAAGAUCUGGCCAAGCAGCAAGAGGAGCUGGCUAAGAUGAGGGGUGGCCUUCAACCGUGGAAGGAGGCGAACAUGAUUCUGAGGGAGGACAACAAAGCUCUGAGCGCGGCCCUCGAUGAGGCGAAGCGGCAGGAGGCCGAGCUCCAGACUGCGCGUGGCGACCUUUCACGGGUGAAGAAGUCUCUUGAGAUUGCGUUGCGAUCUAAUGAGACUUAUGCUUCUCAGGUGGGGGAGCUGCGGGAGCUCGCCGCCUUCUCCCGGGCGCGCGCGCUCUCUGGAGGAUGAGGUGACGUCUUCCCGUGACCAGGUGCGGCCUUUGGAGGAUGUUGUAACCUCUCUCAAAGGAGAGUUGGCGGCGGCGGCUGAGGAGCGUCUCUGCAGUGAGGUCAUUCUGGGCAGCCGGGAGGAUGAGAUCGCCGCCCUGAGGGUAGAGCUCGCGGAGCUGGCGACGGGGAAGGCGGCUGUGGAGGGGAGGCUCACCGAGGUGGAGCGCUCCGUCGUGGUAGAGCAUAAGAGGGGCUUUCAGAAGGCUGCUCGUCAGGCACGGCUUCUUGCUCCCGGGUUCGACUUCUCCUCCAUGCAUGUGGAGAAGGUGGUCCGCUUUGGGAGGUUGGUUCAGGAGGACGAUGUCAACGACAGUUUUAGUGAAAGUGCCUCCGCCUAGGCUGCCUUUGUAAUUUUUGUUUCCUUUUCUUGGAUUCAUGUACUGAACUAGUUGUGAAUUUAUGUAUAUAUGUGUUUUUUCUUCCUUCGCGGCUGUGUUUGAUUUUUCGACACUUGUGUGUUCUAAGGCUUAUGUCCGAUGCACCUGGUGUGCUCUGGACCUGUCCUGGGUUUUUAUUGUUUGUCUGCUUUUAGGCCUUCACUUGGCGUCUGUUGUGUGUUUUUCGUGCAUGGUGGUGUCUUUGCCUUGUGUUGACCGGGUCAGGGUUUGAGAUUGACCUCGGCUUUAAGUGAAGCG